AAAUCCACGUAAGAGGCAUUUUUAAAAAUUCCAGGAAAUUGGACGUUCUUUUACAGGAAACUUUUUGCAAACAAGUGGAAGCUGGCGGCUAGACAUUACCAGCAUAUAGUCACGUGCUUUAUAUGUCUGUAUAAUACUCUUUGACAUCACUGCACCCUUGCCACUCCUUGAAAGCAAGUCGACCAGAAGAGAGAUCCAGAGAAAUUUUGCUUUCUAUCUUCAAUUUUGCCGGAUCUAUCCCAAUUUCUAAAGAUGGCAGCCAAAAUCAUAUUUACCGAACAGCAGAUAGCAGAAUUCAAGAAAAAAUUCGAGGCCCUUGACAAGAAAAGCGAUGGCACCUUCCCUACUAGGCACUUGAAGUAUGCGAUGGAAUCAGUGGGUCAUGUCCUUACUGAGGAUGAGCUUGACAAGUCUAGAGCUGAUGACGGAACUAUGACAUUUCCUGAGUUUUUGGAGAUUAUAGCAGGUAAGGUGAGGUCGAACUGGAGGACAGCAAUGCCACAAUACCGCACAGCUUUCAAAGCCUUGGACAAGGAUGGCGACAACCUUCUCUGUGCUGACGAGCUGCGUCAAGCGAUGUUAAGCAUUGAUCGACCGAUGUCGGAGGAAGAAAUCAACGCAAUGAUCGACAAAGCCGACUUUACUAAUGAUGGUAAAGUCGACUUUAAAGAAUUCAUUAAGAUGAUGAUGAAUUUUUGUUAGGAUGAUGAUGGAUUUGUACUCGGUGAAGAUGAUGAACGCUAUCCUCUACUUCAGCAGCGACAACUUGUCCCUUUUAUACUUCUUGAGGACUCUUCGGGAAAGGGUGAUACAAUCGUCUCGUAUCAGAUUUCAUUAUGUUCCGGCAAUUUUGUUUGAGCUGUCACUUUUUGAAAAAGAGUGGUUCGAAAUUCCAUUCACUUUAUUUCUUUACAUUUUUGUCAUAAUACCCAGGGUGCCUUUCAAAUGUGAGUGUACUCCUUCCAAGAAUAAAUGUUGCGUUUUUUCUUCUUCUGAAAGCCAACUAUUAGUAUUUCAUUAUAUGAUACCUUUGACAUCAUGAUUUUUGUAUUUGUUUUUCAUUUUUAUCAUAGUCAUCGUGAUUGUGGUUAGGAUGGAGGUCGACUAACACCAAAGAAUAUCCAUGUCUGAAAAGUGACAUGGUACACAAGGGAGAAGAGGAAUUUUAACUUUCUUAAUUCUUGAUAGGCGGUAAAAGCACUUAUCUUAAAUAAAUUACUUUAAUAGUAUUUUAUGUGGAGGUACCGUAGGUCAUUCAAUUGACUCAUUGAAUGCUCCCCAGGGAGUGGAGAUUGCGUACUCAGUGCAUGCGGUUAAGUAUUAAAUCCAAUGACCGGGGUAAUAGUAUAUCUUUAAAGCACUUAGAGACAUUUGUAUUAAGCGCUAUAUAAAAGCGGACUAUUAUUAUUAUUAUUGAAUUAAACUGAAUGGGUUAUUGAGCAUACUGGAAAACGGCAGCACGAGGGCUCAAUUACUUUCAUUUUACAUGAAUAAGAGCACAUGAAGCACAUCGCAAUGUUUAAACAGAUAUUACAUAACGCUUGCGAGAAUACCUUCAAAGAUUAAAUUAAUAGGAUAAAAUAUUAUGACGAAAAAAACCCUCUCAAUCUGGACAUCUAGGAAGAUUUCGGAAUAGAGCUAUUCAUCCGUAUUAUUUUCAAGUAAUUAUAAUUUAUUUGUUUAUGUUCACGUGUAUGUAUUAUGUUUGUUUAUACGAUGAUGAAACCAAACCAAACCAAUCCAAGGCUUGAGAGUCCGGCACCAACGUCCUUUGAAAAAAGGCAUUAAUCCAACAUUUGCCACUCUCCACCCAGGUGUAAAUGGGUACCUGGCAAAUAAUAUUGAUGGAUAAUGAUAAUUGCAGGGCCCGCGGGAGCAGCAGUAUUGAUACUGGUAUUGCUACCCUUAGUUAACAAAA